AUGGCCACCGAGCCCAACUCGAGCAUGGAUCCCGCCCGCGCCAUGUACGCGACGCUGGGUCUCACCGGAUUUGGUGCCGGCAACGGCCCCACCAGGAAGCGUAGGGUCGACGAGGCCUUUACCGAACUCAACUGCAAUUCCUUCAACCCCGACGCCUCUGGCAGCAACUCGGUGCCUUUGGGGGUCCGCCGCAAGAGCGGCGAUAGCGGCACGCCUGAGGCAAGCUCCUCCGCUCAAGAGGUCGCAAAUCCUGCAGGUGCAGCCCCAGCCGCGACGUCCACACCGCUCGCCGCCACCUCGGCGAAUCAGGAUCCCAGCUCAGAUGCCGCCGACCCGACCGCUGGCAUGAUGGCGAGCGAUGCCAGGAAGUACUGGAAGAAGCUGAAGAAGGAUCAAGAAGCUCCGCCCGCCUCUGGUCUGUCCGACUAUCUCGCCUACGCCAAGUCACUUCCUGCACCGCCGGCUCGUCCCAGCAACGAAGCUUCUAGCAGCCACGAAGCUUCCAGCAGCCACGGUGGAUACUUUCUGCCGAGUUUCGUUGAGGACCCGUGGAGCACCUUAUUGGCUAGCCGCUCGUGA